GCCCCCUGGGCUGGCCCGAGCUCCGCAUCCCAGGCGCUGGGUCUCGGCUGUCCCGGGCUUGUGCCCGCCCGGCUUCCCGCCCUCAGAGCCCGCGCACGCCCGGCGUUUGGAUAUUGAGGGGCGCGGAAGGAAGGAUUCACUCAACAUGAGGCCCUCCUUGCAGGCAGUGGCUCUCUGGGGAAAGAAGGCCCCUCCGCACAGCAUCACUGCCAUCAUGAUCACCGAUGACCAGCAAACAAUGGUGACUGGAAGCCAAGAGGGGCAGCUGUGUCUCUGGACUCUCUCACCUGAGCUAAAGAUUUCGGCUAAAGAACUUCUAUUUGGUCAUUCGGCUUCAGUAACAUGUUUGGCAAGAGCGAGGGACUUCUCUAAACAGCCCUAUGUCGUUAGUGCUGCUGAAAAUGGGGAGAUGUGUGUUUGGAAUGUCACCAACGGACAGUGUGUGGAGAAGGCCACCCUUCCUUACAGGCACACGGCAAUCUGUUAUUAUCACUGCUCAUUCCGGAUGACAGGAGAAGGCUGGCUUCUGUGUUGUGGAGAAUAUCAAGACGUUCUUAUAAUUGAUGCCAAAACUUUGGCUAUUGUUCACACUUUUACAUCAUCUCAGUCUCCUGACUGGAUUAACUGCAUGUGCAUUGUCCACUCCAUGAGAAUACAAGAAGAUUCUCUCUUGGUGGUAUCAGUAACUGGUGAACUCAAAGUGUGGGAUCUCUCUUCAUCUAUCAACAGCAUUCAGGAAAAGCAAGAUGUCUAUGAAAAGGAAUCCAAAUCUCUCGACUCCCUGAACUGCCGGACAAUACGAUUUUGCACAUAUACAGAGAGACUUCUAUUGGUGGUAUUUUCUAGGUGUUGGAAGGUUUAUGAUUAUUGUGAUUUUUCCCUUCUGCGGACAGAAGCUAGUAGCAGUGGGCAGUUCUUUGCUGGUGGAGAGGUGCUUGCUGCUCACAGAAUCAUCAUCUGGACAGAAGAUGGUCACAGUUAUAUCUAUCAGCUGCUGAACAGUGGGCUUUCAAAAAGCAUAUACCCUGCUGAUGGAAGAGUGCUUAAAGAGACCAUUUAUCCUCAUUUACUGUGCUCUACUUCUGUGCAAGAAAAUAAGAGCAAUCCCUUUGUUAUGGGCUACAUGAAUGAAAGGAAAGAGCCUUUUUAUAAGGUACUUUUCUCUGGAGAAGUCUCAGGAAGAAUUACUUUGUGGCACAUCCCUGAUGUUCCUGUAUCCAAGUUUGAUGGUUCUCCUAGAGAGAUACCAAUAACUACUACCUGGACCCUUCAAGAUAAUUUUGAUAAGCAUCAUACCAUGUCACAAAGUAUUAUUGAUCACUUCUCUGGAUUUAAAGAUGAGACUGGAACUGUGGUAGUCACUUCAUCAGAGUAUGUUCCAAGUCUUGAUAAACUAAUAUGUGGCUGUGAAGAUGGGACAAUUUUCAUUACACAGGCUUUGAAUGCUGCCAAAGCAGGACUUCUAGAAGGCGGUUCUUUAUUAAAAGAUUCCCUUCCUCACAAAGUUCUCAAAGGCCAUCACCAAAGUGUUACUUCUUUACUUUAUCCACAUGGUCUCUCUUCAAAAUUAGACCAAAGUUGGUUAGUGUCCGGGGACCGGGACUCAAGUGUCAUUUUGUGGAAUAUCUUUACGGAAGAAAUUUUGCAUAAAUUCUUUUUGGAAGCUGGUCCAGUAACAAGUCUUUUGAUGUCACCAGAGAACUUCAGACUAAGAAGUGAUCAGGUAAUUUGCUGUGUGUGCAGUGACCACUCCGUGACUGUCCUUCACCUCGAGGGGAAGAACUGCCUCCUGCGUGCCCGGAAACACCUUUUCCCUGUGAAGAUGAUAAAAUGGCACCCGGUUGAGAAUUUUUUAAUCGUUGGAUGUGCAGAUGACUCUGUUUACAUCUGGGAAAUUGAAACAGGCACUUUGGAAAGACAUGAAAUGGGAGAAAGAGCAAGAAUUAUUCUUAAUUGUUGUGAUGAUUCGCAGCUUCUAAAGCCUGAAUCUGUACUUCCAGUUGCCUCAGAGACACAUAAGCACAAAAGUAUAGAACAGAAAUCCUCCAGCUCCUGCCAGUUUGGGCCAAUACCUUGCCCUGGUCUGCAUGUGGAGUCUUCAUGUAAGUUGACGCUGAAAAGAAAUAAAACUGCCUCUGGUCCUCUCCCAGCGGAGGCACAAGCCAAGCCUGUUAGUGAAAGCCCAGCCCAAGGAGAUAAUACCAUCAAAUUCUUAGAAGAAAACGAUGGCAUUAAAAGGCAAAAGAAAACGAAGUGCUCCAAAAAGAUGCACCCUAAGCCAUCAAGAAAAGUCGAUGCCAACCUCAUAAUAGACACAGCUAAAUUGCUCCUAUCUUGCCUUUUACCAUGGGGAGUGGAUAAAGAAUUAGAUAAUCUCUGCAUUAAGCAUCUCAAUAUUUUAAAGCUUCAGGGUCCCGUUUCUUUAGGACUUGCUUCAAGUGAAGAUCACUUCUCAUUGAUGCUGCCAGGUUGGGAUUUAUGCAAUGCUGAAAUGAAAAAAGACUAUUCAAAAGUAAAUUUAUUUUCCAGUAAAGUUUUGGACUUGUCAAAUAAAUACACAUCCACUCUUCCAAAUCAGGCUAGGAUGCCAGGAGGACUGGAAAAUAAUUGUGAUUCUUUGCAGGAGUCAAACACUAUAGUUUAUUUAUUGAGCAGACUAUUUUUAGUUAAUAAAUUAGUUAACAUGCCUUUAGAAUUGACAUGUGGAAUUGACAGUUCUUUCAAAAUGGAAUCUGUGCAUAACAAGGUGAAAAGUUCUGGAAAUGAUAUUUUGAAUAUUUCAAGCUUCUACGGUUACUUACGAAAUGGUAAGAAUGAAUCCCAUACACCUGAAGCUGAUGUUUCACUUUUGAAGCUAAUUUCCUGUUGGAGAGACCAGUCUGUGCAGGUAACUGAAGCAAUACAAGCUGUUCUCUUGGCGGAAGUUCAGCAGCACAUGAAGACCUUGAGAAAGGCACCGAUCAACAGUCAACCAGAGUCCGUGACAGAGAAUGGUAACUGUGAGAUGAUGCAGAUCCUGCCAAAGAUGGAAUGGGCUGAGGAGCUAGACUUACAGUGUGUUACAGACAUUUUGCCUCUGCAAACUCCAGUCAGUCUGGUCAAGCAUGACAGCAACUCAAACUCGGCGAACUUCCAAGACACCGAGGACAUGCCUGACAGAUGUGUCUUCGAAGAGUCUGAGAGUCCAGGUGAGCCAAGGCAUCAUUCGUGGAUAGUCAAGGUGUGUUCCUGCAAGUUAUGCUAAAUGGAAUCCCAUCUGUAGGAACUGGAUUUGGACAAAUUAAGAAAUCCAAAACGUGCCAUUUGUUUAUCAUUGUAUAUAAGCUACGUUGCUAUUGGUCAAGUUAUUAAGUUGUAGUCGAUUUGCUAAUACUUUAGCCAGAGUGUAUUGAAAGUGUGAUUACCGAUAGAAAAUACCCAAAUUCAUCUAAUUCUAAAAAAUCAUUGUCUAAAUCAUUAUAUAUUCCUGCUUCUUACUUUUUUAAAAAUACUUCCAACAGGGAAUGCCAGCCCAUGGAGACAAAUUUAAUACCAUUUUAGAUUUUCUUCCAUCUUUUCAGUUCCUGAAUUAUAUAAUAAGCAACAUUAAAACCACAUUGUUUUUAAACCGUGUAACAUAUGAUGCUUUUAAAUUUAAUGUUGCUUCAAUGUAUUUAAUCUAAAACUUGAUGAAAUUUGUUUGAUUUGCUAGGUUAGGACAUUUUGUUUUAGUAGAUGCUUUAACUCAGAUCAAUCACCCUGCUGUAAAUCUCAUCCCUGAGUAUGAAAUGUUGUCAACAAAUAGCCAGUUCCGUUUAGUCAUCAAUUAGCCGAAAUAAGUAAUACACAGUAUAACAGGGACCAAUCUUGUGCAGUCAAGUAAAUUCAGACUUCUAAUGACAUAGAGGCUAAUGUCUUUAGCUAAGGGUUGAUCUUGUUGGCCACAUAGAUGUGAACUAGGGAAAGGGAAUCUACUUAUAGCGCAUCACAAUUGAUCCUUAUUAAAUAUAAACUCUUGUAGUUCUUUUCCCAGAAAGAAGCUUGACUAGCAGGAAUUCUUAAACUAAAAUAUGUGAAGCAAUAUAAGUAGGAACAGACAUAAAUUGCUCAUCUAUUAAAGCCUUUAGUGAUCUGAUUUAUUUGCUGUGAUUUAUACUGUAUAAUUUCUGGAUUUAUAGAAAAUCAUCAAAAAGAUUAUUUCUGUGCAUAUGAAUACAAAUAUUGCCUAAUCCAUAGAAAAAUAGAACUAGAAUGUUAAAUAUGUGUUAUCUAUCUAUCUAUCUUCCUACCUAAUAGGGAAGUUUAGUCACUUCAAUUCAACAAACA